AUGUCGACCAACAGUCUUCCGUCAUAUCUCUCACCCUCGCUCAACCGCGUCCCUUCGUACUCUGCAGAGCCGCACGACUAUGAACGGAGGCUAGCCCUGGCCGACCGCCUUCGUCCUAGGCCAUCUGGUAGUUUUGUAAAGGAGUCGAAAAACGGGGACGCUCGUUUGCGAUUGAGUGCGCAAGAAGAUAAUAUCAGCUUGCCGAUUUAUGGAUCGAGGGGUGUUGUCGAGGGUACGGUUGAACUCUCAAAAACAGAUGGAAUUCAAAGUGUCGAGGUCAAGAUCGAAGGGCGGCUCAAGCUGAGGGAAAUAGCAGAAGGAGGUACGGCCCUCGCGAGGCUUUGCUUGGAUACGGCACUGGUGUGGUUUAGGGACGACAACAAUAUUAUGUGCCCGCCGUCCAUGCCUUUCGCUCUUACAUUGCCAAGCACCUUUACAUUUGAAGACAAAACCUAUCCCCUUCCUCCGACGUUCGACGUCAAACUCGAGGGCCUCCCAGGAUUCACUGCGAAUAUCGACUAUUCCGUCAGCGCCACCAUAGUCAAAUCUAAUGCAAUCCCACUCCGAAUCAAAUCUAAAGCACUCAACGUUAACAUCGGAUCUGGAGCUAGCAAUCUAACGAUCCCAUUCACAUACCUCCCUCGAACCCGGCCUGCAUAUCCCAUACCUACUCAACUAUUUCCAACCAAGAAUGGUUUCAUCUUAACUCCCGAAUGGAGAGUGUACGAGUCUGUCAUGGUCGCGAAGAAAUCUUCGGGUCAAAAUAUCACAACCAAACUAUACCUGCCUGCGUCUAGGAUUUUUUGUGUUGGGCAGCCCAUUCCAUUUCACCUGACUUUGGAGUCGUCAGCAAUGUCGCUUGCCGAUUUUCUUCCGUACAGCCCCGUUGUUACGGUUGUUGGCAAGCCCAAGGCGACCCGCUUGGAAUUGACAAGACAGUCUACGGUCGAUGUGCGAAAUGUCCUAAAAUCUGGCGCUAAAACUGACAUUUGGAGAGUGGAUUGCAUUGGCGAAGGAAAAUUUAGGCAUGCGGGGGACGGCCCUACGUGGAUCUCAUUUACUGGCGAAGUUACGAUCAAGGAAGGUACGAUACCUGGGUUUAGAGCAGCCGGCUUGACCGUGAAGGACUUUAUUCUAUUCACUGUCAAUCCCCACGACCCAAAGAAAUCAUCAUUUCGUGAUCUUCGACAGGUCAUUCCAGUGCGCUUGACGACCGAUACGUGGACUAUGAAUGGUGCAGGCGUUGGAGUUUUCCCCGCUUUCGAAUAUUCUGUACCGUCGUCACCUGGGGACACGGAGGACCACGGCUCUUCAGCAAAUGGCCAUGAUGAACGAUAAAGUACUUGAAAAAGAUGAGUCCAGACAUACCCACCAUCAGGGGCAGUGGUUCUGUAGAACGGUUGUGUUUUUGGUUUAAAAAUAUGUAUUCUGAGAGUGGAGUCCGAGAACCAAGAAGCAGGACUUGACUCUGGCUCCCAAUUCCACGACCCACGGCGUCUCUUCCUCUAA